GAUUAGGUUUUUCUUUUGCUUUGGAACCUGCUGUUUGUGGAGAAUUGUGUGCAACUUCGACACUACGGCACCCUUGUAUGCCCAGAUCCUUACGACUUGGAGAACCAAUCGAGUGUGAUCCCGAGAUUGAAAGGACCUUGCGUCAUAUUAGGAAGAAGGCACGAGAAACAAAGGAUAAUUUGAAAAGCAAAAACACCAUGGGAGACCAAGAAAACCAAGGCAAUCAAGACCGAUCCUUGAAGGAGUUUGCAUCACCAACCACCCAUAGCUCCCAAUCUAGCAUCUUGAAGCCUAAUGUUGCUGCCAACAAUUUCGAACUCAAGCCCUCACUCCUCUCCAUAGUUCAGCAAAACCAAUUUGGAGGCACUCCAACCGAAGACCCAAACCUCCACAUCUCAAUCUUUCUGGAGUAUUGUGACACCUUGAAGAUGAAUGGAGUGUCGGAUGAUGCAAUCAAGCUAAGGUUGUUUCCCUUCUCACUAAGAGACAAGGCAAGGGCUUGGCUGCAAUCACUUCCACCGGGCUCCAUCACUACAUGGGACCAACUCUUAGAAGCGUUCCUUGCUAAGUACUUCCCUCCGAGCAAAACAGCCCAAUUGAGAAAUCAGAUAACAACCUUCACUCAAAAAGAAGGGGAGUCAUUGUAUGAUGCAUGGGAGAGGUACAAGGAUCUUCUAAGGAUGUGUCCACAUCACGGGUUGGAGGAUUGGCUCAUAAUUCACACUUUCUACAACGGUCUUCUCUACAACACAAGGAUGACCGUGGAUGCUGCAGCGGGUGGUGCAUUGAUGAACAAAAGUGUACGAGAUGCAAAGCAACUCAUAGAGGAUAUGGCACAGAAUCAUUUCCAGUGGUCAAGUGAGCGCCCUUUACCCAAAAAGAGCGGGAGGUAUGAUGUAGAUGCAUUAGACCACAUUGCUUCUAGAGUAGAUGCUUUAUUUCAAAAAAUUGACAAGAUGAGCAUGAAUUCAGUAGCAUCUAACUCUACUAACUGUGAAAUAUGUGGUAUCAUUGGACAUUCUGCUAUGGAAUGUCAGAUUGGAAACUCCCCUUCCCCUGAUGCACCAUUAUCUGAACAUGUUAAUUAUAUGAAUACUUUUAAUCAGAAAGGGGACCCUUUUUCCAAUACAUACAACUCGGGGUGGAGAAAUCAUCCUAAUUUAUCCUAUAAAAAUCCACCCCUGAACCCGUUUCCUCACUCAAAUUUUCGACCUCCAGGUUUUCAAACCCCUAGACUCCCUUACCCUAGUCCCCAAAAGUCCAACUUAGAAAGCUUGAUGGAAAAUUUCGUGACAUCCCAGAAUAAGCAAAAUGAAGAAUUUAUAAAUCAGAAUAGGAUCAUGAAUGAUGCCAUUAAGAACCUAGCCUCUAAAGUUGACUCCUUAGCCACCCACAACAAAAUGCUAGAGAAUCAGGUCACUCAACUAGCCCAACAAUUUAACUCUUCUUCUAGGUCUUUGGGUAUGUUUCCUGGACAACAUGAAACCAUCCCCAAGGAAUCUAUCAAUGCCAUUACACUUAGGAGUGGAAAAGAGCUAGAGACACCAAUGAUGAGGAGUGAUCAUAGGGAUGUGGGUGAUGAGAGUGAGAAGUUGGUGACAAGUGAGAAAGAGCAUAUUGGUGAGAAAGGGGAGAAGGUUGAGAGAUAUGUAGCACCUGCACCUUAUAAGCCUCCACUACCCUUCCCUCAAAGGCAAGUUAAAGCUAAGUUGGAAAAACAGUUUGGGAAAUUCAUAGAAAUAUUAAAAAAAUUGCAUAUUAACAUCCCAUUUGUUGAAGCCAUUUCCCAAAUGCCAUCCUAUGCCAAAUUCUUAAAGGAGAUUCUAUCAAAUAAGAGACGAUUAGAGGAAUAUGAGACUAUAGCAUUGACCCAGGAGUGUAGUGACAUCAUUCAAAAUAAGUUACCACCUAAGCUUAAAGAUCCUGGCUCAUUUUCAAUCCCUUGCACAAUUGGUGAUAUGUCAAUUAAUCGUGCUCUAUGUGAUCUUGGUGCUAGUGUCAGUCUUAUGCCAUUGUCUAUAUGUAACAAGUUACAGAUGGAAGACUUGAAGCCUACUACUAUCUCCCUCCAAUUGGCGGAUCGAUCGGUUAAACGUCCGGUAGGUAUAUUAGAGGAUGUACCCAUCCAGGUUGGAUUCUCAAAUCCCCAUUAUAUUGGGAAGACCUUUCCUUGCUACCGCUGGAGCGAUAAUUGA